AUGAGGAGACUUAUCUUGGAAAUCGAAGAUCGACUUGUUGAUAUAAAUGAUGUCAAGGAAUUUAAUGAUUUGAUUAUCUAUAUGGAGAAACAGAUUGAGGGACGGAUGAAGAGAGAUUUAAGAUGUAAGAUUCGACAGGGUGGAAAUGCUAAUUGGUGGAAUCAAGAUUUGGAUCUUUUUAGAAGGAAAAUUCGUGCUAUUCGUAAGAGUUGUCAAAAUAAAGAAUAUUAUGAAGGGAUAUUUAAAAUCGCAACAAAUAAAAUCAGGAGGCAGAUUAUCUUACGAGAUGAUGAGAAUAAAACGGAUAUUGAUGUUAAAGAGGAAUAUCGACGAAUUGUUAGAGAGACACUCAAUAUUGGGGAAGAUGAAAUGGAUAGAUUUGAUAAUAAUGAGAUUGAGUUUAGUAGUGAAAGUUUGGAAGAUGAAGUGGAUUUUACAUAUGAAGAAAUCAGAGAAGUUAUAUUAAAUCUCAGAGAUAAAGCUGCUCCGGGACUUGAUGAGAUUCGUGCAAGAGUAGUAAAAAGACUUUUUGUAAAUUACCCCUCUUUUUUUGUUAUACUUUAUAAUAGGUGUCUGUCUUUAAAUGUUUUUCCGGAUGCUUGGAAAGUUGGUAAACUAAUUUUGUUACCAAAAAAUGAAGAAAAAUAUUGCCCUAUAUGUUUGUUAAAGGUAUUUGCCAAAGUUUUGGACAAGUUGAUUGUUAAUAGAUUAUUAUAUGUUUUAAAUGGUAAACAUCAUUUAGCGGAUAGUCAGUAUGGUUUUAGAAAACCAAGAUCAGCGAAUUUGGCUCUUUUUAAAGUUGUGGAUGAAAUACGAAAAUUGAAGAGUACUGAACAUGUUGCUAUUGUUUCUUUUGAUGUAAAAGCUGCCUUCGAUUCUGUACGAUGGUCCUCCGUGUUGAACAUAAAUUGA